UGUUUUACAAAUUGCAACCAGUUUGUGUGCGGAUCUCUGAGCAUGGGGCUGCAUCUUGUUUGAUGGGACGACCGUGUCGGCGGUACCAAGAGAGCCUCGAAUUAUUAUGACCAUUGGUCACGAGAGAGAAAAACAAUGCACUUUUGAGAAUGCGCCUUCCAACCAACUGGACGGAAGUAUCGUAACAGCCGAUACAUCCUCCAGUUUCCCUUCCGCAACAACCUCGUAUAUUACGUCAAGAAUCAAACCAAUGCUUUCGCUGGCAAAUUAUGGCACAGAAAACAAAAAGAUGUUGGCCUUCUUCUCGCUUUUCGUCUGACAUUGGCGGGCAUAUCACUCUCGUCCGCCAGGUAGAUAACCUUGACCUUGUGCUGAAGAUGAUACACGAGAGCAUGCAUAUAUCGGACUGCGAAACUAUACGUGCGAGAGCAUACGAGCGCGAACGAGAUCCUUGCCCGGGCCACACAAUGGUUCGAACGCAUUAAUAAGAACCCCAUCCCGCUCUCGUUUGUCUCUCCAGCGUUGGCAGAAUGGCCUUGAAGAGGACAUCGUCGUUACCGGUUGGCGAGCCUCCCAAAAACCGACGAUAAAUCAAGACGGAUUUAUUCGUUUGCUUCUCGCGUGUUUUGUUUCUUAUCAUGCACAUCUGGUGCGAGGAUUCAUUAUUGCAGCUGCUUGCAUUCUUCGAGGCAUAUAAAAGGCGACUGAAUUCAGACGGCAGCAUCUCAUUUCCGAGUCCGAUUUCGGCGAAGACAGUGUUACGUCGUUGUACGCGUUCGUUAGUGAAAAGUUUAUCAAAAAAAGUUGCAAUACCAUGCAUAAGCUACAGAUUGUCAUCCUGCUGAUACUAGGCGCUGUAACGACGAUGGCUUUCUUCACUGAGGAGCAACACGAAAUUGCCAAAUCGUUGGCUGACUCCUGCCAUGCGGAAAUUGGAGGUGAUCUGCCAGAGGAUUUUGUCACCAAGAUGCGUCUUGGUGAUCUAACGCUGGAUAGUGAAACAUCUAAGUGUACGAUCCAGUGUAUAUUCGCUAAGGUAGGUUUCACGGAUGAGGAUGGAGUGGCCAAUCGGGCAGUGUUGAUCACCAAACUGUCGAAGGGUAAUCCCAUCGAGAAGGCGGAAAUCUUUGCCGAUGUGUGCGAAAAGAAUGAAGGUGACAGUAAGUGUGAUAAGGCGUUCAGUUUGUACCAGUGUUACAACAAGAACAAAUCUAUCUUUGAUUGAACCUGACUGUACGGUCGACCGGUUGCCGCAAGUCCUGUUUUGUUACAUCACACCAUCAUCAACACACUGUUCAUCGUCAAGCUGUUGUUGACUAUAAAGUUUGAGAAUAUUUGAAAAAUAUG